UUAUUAUAAAACUAGAUAUAACAAUAUAGCUAACUAAAAUCAAAUUUAUCGCAAAAUGCCUCUAGAUUACCAAGGUACAAAAGUUCCAACAUCUUAUGCUACUUGCAGUAUCGGACAUAAGGAAUCACACACGCUUCCCUUGAAGCUCAAGGCAAUAGCCGAUGCCGGAUUUGAUGCUAUCGAACUGUCUAUGCCAGAUAUCCUGGCUUAUGGUAAGAUGCUCUACAGCCAGGAACUAGACCCUAAAGAUUACGACGCACUAGUCGAGAUCGGAAAGGCGAUCAAAACGCAGGCGGAUGAGCAUAACCUCAAGAUUCUGAUGCUGCAGCCAUUCGCCAACUUCGAAGGCUGGCCGAAGGAUAGCGACGCAAGGAAGGACGCGUUUGAGCGUGCAGAAGGUUGGAUGCGUAUCAUGGAAGCUGUGGGCACGGACAUGCUACAAGUAGGAUCAUCCGACGCGCCCGGGAUAUCGUCGUCCAUCGACGACUUAGCUGGCGACUUGGCCGAGCUGGCGGAUAUGUGCGCCGCCAGAGGGCAGCGCAUCGCGUACGAGAACUGGUGCUGGGCUACGCACGCUCCGAGCUGGAGAGACGUAUGGCGUAUCGUCGAGAAGGCCGACCGGCCGAAUCUCGGUCUAUGUCUGGAUACCUUCCAGAGCGGUGGCGGCGAGUGGGCAGACCCGACUACGAAGUCUGGAUUGGUUGAGGGUAUCUCGCGGGAGGAUCUCGAAGCUAAAUGGAAGCAGAGCCUGGCCGAACUAAGCAAAACAGUCCCGCCCGAGAAAAUCUACCUCUUGCAGAUUUCGGACGCCUAUAAGAUGGAACCCCCCAUAGAAGCGAAGGCCGACAAGAAGGGGUUACGACCGAGGGGCCAAUGGAGCCACGAUUACCGGCCGUUACCUUACGACGGGGGCUAUCUUCCCGUUGAAGACUUUCUCAAGGCUGUGCUUGGGACUGGGUUUAGGGGCUGGUUGUCUAUCGAAGUGUUUGAUGGCAAGGCACCGGAGAAGUGCUCCGAUAUGCUUGAAUUUAGCGAGAAGGCCAUGUCUUCACUUUCGAGACUAUUAGAGGCAUAGACGCGGUUGAAAUGGAGAUAUUGCGUAAUAUGUUGGACCAGCUGUUCUAGUUCCCUGUCUAAUCUAGAACACUACGACGCCACACAACGUCAUCAACUGCGUCGUCAAUUAGGUAGAUAUGC